AUGAAGCAAGUCGUUGUAAGUGUUGUAGUCGCGGUAGCCCUUUUUGGGGUUAUUCAAGCCUCGGACUUGAUCCUGGGAACGAUCAACUCCGGUGAUCGUGUGCUGCACUCUCAGGGUUAUUCUGCCCCGGGGAUAGUUAAUCAGACGGUGAGCCGACUUGUGACCUAUAAUGGAGCGUAUAACAUCACUGCGAUUCGAGCGUACGAUCGAUCAGCUAACCGCACCGGGAUGUCUUCUCUGCAAGGUGGUGGUCUAGGACAACGUAAUGCAUCUAUUCUGCUGGCAGGAUACAGGACCGGAAUUGGCUAUGACUAUUUAGUGGAAAUUUACGGUCGAUAA